CAGAGGUCAGAGAGAGAGAGAGAGAGAAGAGAGAGAGAGAGAGAGAGGAAAGUAAGAUCAAGAAUGCCAAAAACUUUGCAAAGGCAGUAAAGUCACCAAUUAUACACAACACAUUUGUGUCUAUACACAGUUAGGGUUUUUCUCCCAAAUUUUUUUUACCACUUUGGUUUUUCAUGGUGGCGCGCUCCUGAAACCACUUUCCCGCCAUUAGUCCAUUUUUUGAAACGAACGAAAACCCCCCAAGUGGUAUAAAAAACCCUCUUCCAUUCCCCCCGCCUUUGUCUCUAUGCUUCACCAGCUGUUUCAUUCCAAACAGUUCUAGGGCUCUCUAUACUUCUUCGCCGGGUGUUUUCUCGGAUCGAUCUUGCUUUUGGGCGCCGUAGAUUCGUUGGGUCGAUCGGCGAAAUGGGUUCGGCGAGUCUGAUGGUGGCCAGCCAGGGUGCCGUCGUCAAUGGGGCCCCGUUGGAAGGCGAAGCGAAUCCAGGGAUGAAGGAAAAGAAAACAAGGGCUAAACAGAAACCUACUGCUUCUGGUGAAGUGACUGCAAAACCAAAGAAAAAGCGUUCGUCGGAGAGCACUGAAAAUGGUUCUCGAAAAAUGCCAAAGCGAGCUGCUGCCUGCAGAGAUUUUAAGGACAAGUCAAUUACGAAAUCUGACAAAUCAGAAAUGGUAGAAACAAAAAGAGACCACUUAGUAGAAGAUGAGUUAGAAGCAAUAAGCUUGACUGCUGGCCGUGAUGAUAUGCGGCCAAAUAGGAGACUGACCGACUUUGUCUUCCAUGAUGAAGAUGGAAAACCACAACCAGUAGAAUGUUUGGAAAUGACAGACAUUUUUAUUUCGGGUCUCAUCUUGCCAUUGGAUGAAACUUCUGACAAAACUAAGGGAAAAGGAGUUAGAUGUGAGGGCUUUGGGCGUAUAGAAACUUGGUCAAUAUCUGGAUAUGAAGAUGGCUCUCCGGUCAUAUGGGUCUCUACUGAUAUUGCGGACUAUGACUGUGUUAAGCCAGCUGGGGGCUACAAAAGUUUGUACUGUCUUUUCUAUGAAAAGGCCAAUGCAUGCAUUGAGAUUUACCAGAAGCUUUCAGUAUCUUCUGGGGGUGAUCCUAACCUUAGUCUUGAGGAGUUACUUGCUAGGGUUGUCCGCUCUUUGAGUGGAAGAAAGAAUUUUCCUCGUGGGUUAUCUGUCAGAGAAUUUAUUCUUUCGCAGGGAGAAUUUAUCUAUAAUCAACUAAUUGGCUUGGAUGAGACAUCCAAGAAAAACACUCAGAUCUUCUUUGAGCUACCCGUUCUUGUUUCCCUUAUGGAUGAAAGUAAGAAAACAAUGGGUUUUGUGCCUGAAGAAAUGGUUCCAUCUGAUAGAGUGUUAGAAAAAACUCUGACUAUUCGGGAUGGAGAAAAACAUGAAUUAACUACUGCUGAUGAGGAAGACGAGGACAUGAAGUUGGCCCGCUUGUUGCAGGAAAAGGAAAACUGGCAAGCACUGAGACAGAAGAAAAGGCAGCGCGCGGUUUCUUCAUCGAACAAAUAUUACAUUAAGAUCAAUGAAGAUGAGAUUGCUAAUGACUAUCCUCUUCCUGCAUAUUACAAGACAGAUCUUCAAGAAACUGAUGAGUAUGUCAUUUUUGACAGUGAUAUUGAUGCAAAUUAUCCAGAUGACCUUCCUAGAAGCAUGCUGCAUAACUGGGCUCUCUAUAAUUCUGAUUCGCGCUUGAUUUCUUUGGAGCUUCUUCCAAUGAAACCCUGUGCUGACAUAGACGUCACAAUUUAUGGCUCAGGGAUUAUGACUGAUGAUGAUGGAAGUGGGUUUUGUCUCGAUGGGGAGUCUAAUGGAACUUCUAGUUCUUCUGGGCAACACAAUGUCGAUGGAAUUCCUAUAUAUUUGAGUGCAAUAAAGGAAUGGAUGAUAGAAUUUGGAUCGUCAAUGGUCUUUAUUUCAAUUCGGACAGAUAUGGCCUGGUAUAGGCUUGGAAAGCCAUCAAAGCAGUACAUGCCAUGGUAUGAACCAGUUCUGAAAACAGCCAGGCUUGCAAUUUCCACCAUUACUUUGUUGAAGGAACAAAGUCGAGUAUCACGACUUUCAUUCUCCGAUGUCAUUAGUAGGUUGUCUGAAUUGGACAAGCAUCAUCCUGCUUAUAUUUCUUCCAAUCCAGUGGCGCUAGAGAGAUACGUGGUAGUCCAUGGACAAAUUAUACUGCAGCAGUUUGCUGAGUUUCCAGAUGAUACUAUUAGGAAGUGUGCUUUUGUGACUGGUCUUCAUGAUAAAAUGGAGGAAAGACAUCAUACAAAGUGGUUAGUGAAGAAAAAAAUGCUGCUGAGGAAGGAAGCAAAUUUGAAUCCAAGAGCAGCAGCGGCAUCUGUGAUCUCUAAACGGAAGGCUAUGCCGGCUACGACAACAAGACUGAUUAAUAGAAUUUGGGGCGAGUUUUACUCAAAUUACUCCCCGGAAGACUCAAAGGAGAUUGAUACAGAAGAAGUGAAGGAAGCUGAAAUUGAGGAGGAACAAGAAGAUGUAGAAGAAGAUUGUGAAGAGGUUGAAGAAGAAAAAGGACUUGUUAUUGAGCAAAUUGUGAAACCUCAUUCGGCAUCAAAAGAAAGAAAGUCACGCUGUUCUAGUGAGGAAAUUACAUGGGUUGGGAAAGAAGUUGGUAGAACAUGCGAGGGUGGGGCUCUCUACACACAAGCAGCAGUUUGUGGAAGCGUUGUGUCAGUUGGUGGUUCUGUACUGGUGGGCCUGGAUGACUCUGAAGAAUGUGCUUCUAUCUAUCUUGUGGAGUACAUGUUUGAAAGCUCAGAUGCUAGAAAAAUGGUUCAUGGGAGAUUGAUGAUGAGAGGAUCUGAGACUGUUCUUGGGAACACAGCUAAUGAGAGAGAGGUGUUUCUAACAGAUGAUUGCUUGGAAUUUGAACUGGAUGAUGUCAUACAAACUGUGGUUGUUGAAACUCGGUUGAGACCUUGGGGUUACCAGUAUCGGAAGUCUAACGCCAUUAAUGAUAAGCUCGACCGGGAAAGAGCAGAGGAGAGGAAAAAUAAAGGAUUACCCAUGGAAUACUUUUGCAAAAGUGAGUAUUGCUCUGACAAAGGUGGUUUCUUCAGUCUUCAAAAAGACUCUAUGGGCCUUGGUACGGGGCUUUGCCACUCCUGUAAAAGUACAGAAGCCAAAAGGCAGAAAGAGCUCUUUGUGUUGGAUUCUUCCAUGACUGGCUUUACAUAUGAGGGAGCUGAGUACUGCAUUCACGACUUUGUGUACUUAGGUCCUCAUCAUUUUGGAGAAGAUGAGGACAGCGCAACUUUUAAGGGUGGCAGGAAUGUGGGUCUGAAAGCUUAUGUUAUAUGUCAUUUGCUGGAGAUUGAAGGAGGCAAGGCUUCUAAAAAAGCUGAUCCUAAAUCAAUGAAUGUUAAAGUUAGGAGAUUUUUCAGACCAGAGGAAAUUUCAGCGGAGAAAGCAUACCGUUCGGAUGUACAAGAGAUUUACUACAGUGAAAACAUAGUAACGGUGCCUCUUACUGCCAUAGAAGGAAAAUGUGAGGUCCGAAGAAAGCAUGAUCUUCAAUUUAUGGAUGACCCGGCAAUUUUUCAGCACAUCUUUUACUGUGAAUACUUUUAUGACCACAAUAACGGAGCAGUCAAGCAGUUGCCAGCUAAUAUUAAACUAAGCCCAUCAAAAAGCAAGGUUGCGGAUGAUGCUAUGAAUAGAAAGAAGAAAGGCAAAUGUAUAGAAGGAGAAGAUGGGCUUGAUGAAAAAAAGGAGGCAUCUUCAGCAAAUUGCCUGGCCACGCUAGACAUUUUUGCUGGUUGUGGAGGGUUAUCUGAAGGUUUACAGAAAUCAGGAGUGUGCCAAACUAAGUGGGCAAUUGAAUAUGAAGAACCUGCAGGAGAGGCUUUCAAAUUUAAUCAUCCGGAGGCCCUGAUGCUUAUUAAUAACUGCAAUGUGAUUUUAAGAGCUAUCAUGACAGCAUGUAGAGAUGAAGAUGACUGUAUUUCAACUUCUGAGGCGGCGGAGUUAGCAGCAAAGCUCGAUGAGAAGGAGAUCACUAAUUUGCCUCGACCUGGACAAGUUGAUUUUAUCAAUGGAGGGCCUCCAUGUCAGGGGUUUUCUGGAAUGAAUAGGUUUAACCAGAGCACAUGGAGUAAGGUUCAAUGUGAAAUGAUCUUAGCAUUCUUGUCAUUUGCCGACUACUUCCGGCCUAAGUAUUUCCUGCUAGAAAACGUCAGAAACAUUGUUUCAUUUAACAAAGGGCAGACGUUUCGGCUAACCCUAGCUUCUCUCCUUGAAAUGGGUUAUCAGGUAAGAUUUGGCAUUUUAGAAGCUGGGGCAUUUGGUGUUUCACAAUCUCGGAAACGUGCUUUCAUAUGGGCAGCUUCUCCUGAAGAGACACUUCCAGAAUGGCCAGAGCCAAUGCAUGUUUUUGCUGGUCCAGAGCUUAGAGUUGCAUUGAAUGGAAACAGCCAAUAUGCUGCUGUGCGAAGUACUUCAACUGGUGCUCCUUUCCGUGCAAUAACUGUACGUGAUACAAUUGGAGAACUUCCAGAAGUUAAAAAUGGUGCUUCAGCUACUCCGAUGGAGUACAAAGAUGAACCUGUGUCGUGGUUCCAAAAGAAAAUCCGAGGCGAUACAACUGCCUUAACUGAUCAUAUUUCGAAAGAAAUGAACGAGCUCAAUCUCAUUCGGUGCCAAAAAAUACCUAGACGCCCAGGUGCCGAUUGGCGUGACCUUCCUGAUGAAAAGGUUCGGUUAUCUACUGGACAAUUUGUUGAUUUGAUACCUUGGUGCCUGCCAAACACCGCGAAAAGGCACAAUCAAUGGAAGGGCUUGUUUGGAAGGUUGGAUUGGGAAGGAAACUUUCCAACUUCAAUUACUGACCCACAACCGAUGGGAAAAGUUGGGAUGUGCUUUCACCCCGACCAGGAUAGGAUACUCACAGUCCGUGAGUGUGCUCGAUCCCAGGGUUUUCCAGAUGGCUAUAAAUUUGCCGGAAAUAUUCAGCACAAGCAUCGGCAAAUUGGCAACGCUGUCCCUCCACCCCUGGCAUAUGCUUUAGGGAGGAAACUCAAGGAAGCAGUAGAGAAGGGAAAUGCAAAUCAUAGUUGAAUUCCUCAAUGUGUAGAAAGUCCGGGAAAUUUGUGUCCAGUAUGAGAAAUGGCUUGUCGAUACAAAGCUCAUUGCUUCCUAUAUUGCAAUGGGGUUCUAGAAAAUCUAGAUUCGAACAUUCAAAAUCAGUGAAUGGUAGUAGUAUGUCGCUCAGGUGCUUUGUUCAUGAGCUGAAUUUUUUCACUUUAAGCAAUGAAUCACUCCACAAACGGAUUGAGUUGUC